UUUGUCUUUGGUUUGUGAUUUGUUGUUUAGUUGUGUUAAGAAAUAUUUGAUUUUUGUUGUUUUGCAUGUACCUAGGGGACAAAAAUUGAGGGUACAAUCGGUUGUGGUCCUUUCCAUAACGUUGAUAUGAGGGAGUUAAGGGAAGAUGCGUGGUAUACUAUUUCUGACUUUGUUGUUUCUGUUCCGAUCCGGAGGACCCCGAACACACUUCACCCUUUCCAUAUCAAGUUCCACAGUGAUACAAAGAUGACAUUGAUUUAUGAUCUCUACUCGCCCAAUUUUUUUGAGUUUGCAAAAUAUUCUGUCAUUAAGAGGAGGCUUUUGGAGGCAAAUCGUCCCUUUGGUGUGUCACAUUCUUUUUAUUAGCUAAUCUCAUUUUUGGUUUCUAUUAUUGUUUGAAGUAUCUUUAGUUUUUUAUUUGUUAGAUGUUCUGUGUUGUUAGAAACCUCUUAUGUCUCUAUUGGUAUGAUUUGUAGUGAUAUGUGUUCUUUUUGUGAGUUUGCUAGAUUUAUGUGGAGUUGUGGUCUAUGUGUCUGAAAUUAAAAGGAUGACUUAUGUUCCCGGAGAGUAUGAUGCAAGUACUGCAUGCAAUUAUCUAUAUUUCCGUCUCAUGGAUCAGAAAGGUAGGGAGCUGCCAUGUUUUGCGCUUGGUCAUUAUGCUGCUGAUUUUAUGAAUGUGUGGACAAGCCGAGGCUACCAGGCUUCAUUCCGUUAUCAACCUGUUUUCUGUGUGUUGCGUUUCUGGAAAGUCGAUGAGUUCAUGGGUGAACCUUCUAUCUCCACCAGAAUUGGUUGUUCUAAGAUAUAUCUUGAGCCCACAUUACCGGAGAUCAAGGACUUGAGGAUGAUGUCUGUUUUCAUAGCUAGGGUAACAUGGGCUAUUAAAGAAGGUGAGGAUUGUGAUGACGUCGGUGAAGUUGUUGAUCAGAAUUCUUAA